UUAACCUCAAAUUGAAACUAUUGUCGAAAACGUUAAUCCAAUAUUAAUUACAAAGUACUUAAGAAAAAAUGUCUUUACAAAUACAAAGAGAAUUAGAAAUGAAGUUACAUCAACAACUUUACAAUAAUAUAUACUUAUUAACAUUGACAUAUCCACCUUCUGAUGCAUUGAAAUCGGUGUUUAAAAAGGAUAUGUUCCUAAAAAAUAACAAAACCGCCUUUCAUCACGUUAUUCAUUACUUGUUAUCCAUUCUAGAUCCAAUUAAAAUAAAAGAAAAAGUUUCUGCAUGGCCAAUUUUCGAAGUGAAAAUGGAAUCACAGUUUAGAAAUGAAAUAAUGAAAUAUUUAAACGAAAUAAGUCUUACUUAUGAAGACUCAAACAUUCCUCAAAUUAUGCCUUCCCAUUUAAUUUCGCCAGGAGGAUUUAAAUUUGUAAAAUUUAUGCUAAGAGUGUCAGAAUUUGUGUUGCUAGAACAUUUGAAACGUGAUCCUACAAUUAAUGAAAGCCUUAUUUUAUCAAUAAGACCAUCUAAAGAUGCAGCUGUUACCAGGGAGAGAAUACAAAAUUUAAAUACCCUUACGCUGAAGAUUAAUCAAAAUACUCAAGGGAAAAUGGAUGAAUUUGAGAAGGUUGUACAGCUUGCUAAAGAAGAAGCUAGCAAAAUAAUUUUCAAGGUAAAAGAAAUUGAUGUAGCUAUUUCUGAAUUGAAAAAAAAAUGCAACACAAUAAAAGAAGAAAUUAAAACUGAUUUACCUUCUUUUACCAUUGAAAGUGGAUUUAAUGAUGAAAUAAACAUUAUUAAAGAAAAAUUGGACAAAAUAUUAGAAGUGCAUAACCAGUUUAAGAACUGUAUGCAUUUAGCACAUUACUUAAAUAAUGAGAACAAUAUAUUAGAAUAUAAUAAAGAGAAAUUCACAAUUCCCACAGAAACCUGCAAGUUUCUAAGUAAACCUGAUAUUUUGGUAUUUAAGGAUCUAGUUGAUGCCUUUACUGACCAUAUUAAUCAGCUAAGGUUGAAAUUUAAACCCCUGAAUGAACAUCAAUUAAAAGAGAGCUAUUCCAAUUGCAGUUAUUUACUUGAAAAAACUAUUUCAACCAGUAGUGACUUAAAGGAGCUUUACACAAAACUGGUGUCUUUAUCUGAUCAUGCAAAUGACGUUUUACCAUUAGAGGAAGUAAGGGAACCUUUUAGGCAAUUAAAAUUUUCACAAGUUAAUGAAGAACAGGAAGAUACGACAGUCUCUGGUGAUUCAUUAUUAGCAAUUCCUCUCGAGAUUUCUUCGGAAAAUAAAGAAAAUAUUUACAUUUAAAUUAUUGCUUGCUUUAAGAGUUUUUAAAGUAUUAAUAUUUUACUAGUGCAUUAAUUAUAAUAACUAAAUGUAACGUAACUAUGUUUAAGCUACAAUAAAAGAAGAAAUUUAAGCCUUUCAU